AAGUGCAAUCCAAUUUAUUACUUCUACAAGCAUGUGGAGGUGAAUUCUGAUGGACAAGCAGGUGAUGUCGGUGACAAACACUACAAAAGCUAUUUGGGCAACCGCAAGGUCCUUACCAUCACACAUGUGAUGGAAAGCAGUCUGAAUGGUUUGAUUGGUCAUCUGAAGACUCAUUUUCCACCAAUGUAUCGACUAUAUCUACUCUUGAAGUCCCAUGGAACGCCACCUACUGACGACAAACUCAAAAUUGCGUGGGGAGAGAAGGUGCUCAAUGCUAUCCAGCUCGAGCAAGCAUCGGUAAACAUUGUUGACGCCUUCAACAAGCAGGUCACCAAAGCUUUUGGUGACUGGAACCAAGCCAAGUUUGAAGAACUGCUUGCACAAUGGCUUGUGGCAUGUGACCAGCCAUUUGAGGAGGUUGAAUGA